ACUCAUUCCGCCCUUCCCUGUACUUCCGCCUCUGUGUCAGGCUGUAUUCAGGUUAUUGCGCUCGUCUUACCUGGAUGUAACCGGGGAGCGAAGGGAAGCGAGACUAAAGAAGGUAUUCUUCACAAUAAGGAUUGGAAAUCUUAACUGCAAGAAGAACAUCUAACACCGAAUGAAAACGAUGUACUAAUAAAUCAUAUAAAAUAUAGUUAAAUCUACAAAAAUGAGCGAAGAAGAGUUCUAUGAUGCCGUCACAGGCUUAGAAUCUGAUGAGUCUUGUGAAGGCAAUAGAGAACUGAAUUACAAAUCCAGUGAGUUUAUUAUUGAAGACAACCCACAAGGAAAGAAUGGCACACAGUUACAAGAAAAUGGAAUUAGGAAACGGCGGACUACCUUGCCUGCACCUAUGUUUUCUAGAAGUGAUUUUAGUGUGUGGAGCAUACUAAAGAAGUGCAUUGGACUUGAACUGUCUAAAAUAACAAUGCCUAUAGCUUUUAAUGAACCACUGAGUUUUCUGCAGAGAAUAACAGAGUACAUGGAGCAUACAUACCUCAUUCAUAAAGCUAACAUGCUUUCUGAUUCUGUGGAAAGAAUGCAGGCAGUGGCAGCUUUUGCUGUUUCUGCUGUUGCAUCUCAGUGGGAGAGAACAGGAAAACCAUUUAAUCCAUUACUAGGAGAAACAUUUGAACUUACACGCGAAGACCUAGGUUUUCGGCUUAUAUCUGAGCAAGUCAGUCACCACCCUCCCAUUAGUGCUUUUUAUUCUGAAAGUGAAAAUAAGGACUUUAUUUUCCAUGGGUCAAUCUAUCCAAAACUCAAGUUCUGGGGGAAGAGUGUAGAAGCAGAGCCAAAGGGAACAAAUACACUAGAACUGCCCAAACAUAAUGAAGCCUACACAUGGACAAAUCCUUCUUGUUGUGUACAUAAUGUAAUUUUAGGAAAACUUUGGAUUGAACAAUAUGGGACAGUUGAAAUAGUUAAUCACAGUACUGGAGAGAAGUGUAUUUUGUACUUCAAACCUUGUGGACUGUUUGGAAAAGAACUGCAUAAAGUGGAGGGAUACAUACAGGACAAAAAUAAGAAGAAGCUCUGCAUUAUCUAUGGAAAGUGGACAGAAUGUAUGUGGAGUAUAGACCCCAACACUUAUGACACCUACAAAAAGACUGAGAAAAGGGGAGUUGAACCACGGAAAACUAAAACGAAUGAAGAAAUUGACAAAUCUGAAAAUGAUGAGGCUGAUGACAUGCCUGAAGUUCAAGAAACUGUGCAUGUGGUACCUGGAAGUAGGCUGCUUUGGAGGAUAACUUCUAGGCCUCCAGACUCUGGAAAGAUGUACAAUUUCACACAUUUUGCUGUCACUCUAAAUGAACUGGACCCAGAUAUGAAAGAUUUAUUAGCACCAACUGAUUGCCGUUUACGCCCUGAUAUUAGAGCAAUGGAAAAUGGAGACAUGGAGUUUGCAAGUCAAGAGAAAGAGAGGUUAGAAGAAAAACAAAGAGCAUCUCGUAAAGAACGUGCUAAAAACGAAGAGGAAUGGGUCACAAGGUGGUUCCAGCUUGGCACAAACCCUUACACAGGAUUGCAGGAUUGGAUUUAUGCAGGAGGGUAUUUUGAUAGAAAUUAUACUAAUUGCCCAGAUAUUUACUAAAAUGAACUUCAUUCUGCAUGGUUCCAAUUUAAGCUGGGAGUAUACUCAAAUUAAUCACUUAUGGAUUGUAAUCUACUCAUGCCAUAGUUAUGUUUGAGUAGACCCAUCUUGAUGGUGAGAAGAGGUUUCCAAAUCAGGGAUUUAAAUAAGCAUACGCUAACCAGAAGGUUAUAGUGAAAUACUGCUAUUAAACUCUUUAUAAGGAUUUGCAUUGAGGAUUUUAUUUAGGUGUGUUUUGAAGAGUCUUUUUCAUUUUGAACUGCCUUCAAAAAAAAGAAUAAACAAUUUCUAACAUCAUAAAAUUAACCUAGAACAGAGUUUACUACAUGAUAUUAGGUUUCUGUUAUCACUUCAGUACUGGAAAAUAGUGCAGUUUAGUAAAAACCCCAAUAGUUUAAAACUGGCAGAAACAUUAUAUCAGCUGAGAACGCCAGCAUGACUCCGUGAGGUGACACAGUUGAUUCAUUUAAGACAAACAUGUAAAAUAUCUUUUUCUGCAGGUCAGAGUUUAGGUCAGACAAACUAAUAAAGUAACUGUGUGCAUUAAACAGGGAUGAGUAACAGUUAACCUUUUGAUUCUGAAACUCCUAUCAUUUUUAAAUUUGGUCAUGCAAAUGUCAGUACCCUGUACUAAACGCAUUUUACCUCUUGUACAAUAUCAAAACAAUCUUUUAGACUUCAGUUAAGGAAGAGAUGAUAUAAUAUAUAUGGCUGUCGUCUGUGAAAGCAGCCACAGGCAAUGGUGUACAAUUUAAUAAGGUACUUAUGAUAAGCAGCAUGUGGUAGCAUCACCAGCAAAACAGUUUGGCCAGUUUAGCGUUUUUUCCAUUCAGCAUGUAUGAAGCCUUUUGUAAAGAUUAAGUUUUUUUUUUUUUCUCAUUAUCAUUCUGAAUGCCCAGAUUACAAUUUAGUAGUAAGUUGAAUUUCAUGGAAUUUGCAUACAACAGCCUAAAGAAUAAAGUUGUAUCAGUAAAGCUAGUAUUUAGUUAAUAGGUUUAACUGCAUAUAUUAAUACAAUUCUCAUUGAAAUAUGUAGUCCCCAAGCCAACCCGCAUAUAAAAAUGAAAAGAGUUAACAACUGCUGGCAUUAAAUAAAACGUUCAGGUCCAUCAGUAUGUUUUUAGCUCAUUGGAACUACUGACAGAACUGUUUGUGUGAGUGGAAAGUGCAAACUAGACAGAUGUGUCUUUUGUAUAAGUGUAUUGUUACCAAAAAACAAGUUACAUAUUUUAAGACCAUAUUUUAUGUGAUUUUAAUUGUCACAUAAAACUGUGAAGUGGCAUAAUAUUUAUUCAAACGUUUGCAGUUUAUCAAUAUAUAGGUCAUGUUCUGUAUAUAUUAUGAAGUCUUUAUUAAAUAAUAUAUCCAAAUGCACACACGUGUGUUCAAAAUUACAAGAACAGAAGCAUUCUGAUUCAUUAUUAUGGCAGACUAUAGGCAAAUACAUAAAAAAUGAAAGACUUGUUCUAAUUGAAAAAAAAAAUAUACAUACAGUUUACCUGCAUGGAUGAACACAGUUUAUAUAGUGGGCAAGUUGCAGUAUUUCUGUCUUUAAUAAUCAAGUUAAAAUGUGUAAAUAUUUCUAGUAUUACCAUUAUUUGAUUUAAAGCUAAUUAAUAUUUUAAUCAGAGUAUUAUCUAGAAUUUUAAAAGUUUUACAUAGGUAACAAAUAAUUUAAGGGCAAUUUAUUCAUGAGAAUUAAACUAGUUACAUUCCAUAUCUGAAUUAUGUCAAAAGGUUGGCUGAGCAGUUAUAUUGUUUUAUAAUAUAACACACAUACAUUGGAAAGCUGUUAAAUCUGAACAAGGGGACUACAGGAGAAAGCAAAGAUCACUUUCAGUAACAUUGUGAUUUUUUAUUUGUUGUUACAAAAGAAUGUUGUAAAAACCACGGCAUUAGUUUUUUUAGCUAAAAUAUAUUUUAAAAUAUUGCCAAAAAUAAACUAUGCAAAAUAUAGGCAUAUAUUCCUGUUAAAAUGUAAAAACAUGAUGUAAAUAGAUUUGUCUUUUUUUUUUUUUUUUCUUUUUUUUCUUUUAACUCUUUCAGAGAAGCAUUUGGUUUAAGAAGUUUACCCAAACAUACACCACAUUACAAUACAUAAAAUGUAUUAGAUUGAAAUUUGGGCAAUUCAGAAACCUUUUGCAGACAGACAGAUAAAUAGUAUUGUCAUGCAUUCAUUAGAUAGAAAUAAACAAUAAAUUAUGCCCUGUGCAAAUAUUGAGCAACCUAUGUAAAUAAAUUCAUGUGCAAUCAAUGGAAAAAAAUGGAGUUUAUUUCAAGACGCACAGCUUUUGGCUUUAGAUUACUGGAACUUUGUUUCCCAUUUUUUCAUUAAUGUCAUGAAUAGAAUGUAAAUGUGAUAAGAUUGACUAUUGCUGUGCUGUUGCCUGUUUUCAUUUGUGACCAGACAUAACCAAACAGUGCAAAUGGGUCCUUCAGUAUCUUUUGUAAUUCUGUGUAAUUUUGAUUACCUUUAAGAUGGCAAUAAGAAAAGGUGAAAGAAAAUUUUUAACCUAUGUUUCCAUGUUGUAAUUUUUUAUUUGUAGUACUGCCCCAUUUCAACUGGAAAAGGCAUAGGCCUGUUCCAAAAAUAAGUAACACACUAUGUUUGGUUUCUUUAUUUACCAAGAAAGGUCUGUGGAUUGUAGUAAAUAAAACGUGCAAUAUUUUGUAAUUCCUUAUCAACCUAAUCGGACAUUAAUCAGAAAUAAUAGUUCAUUAAAUUCUUGUGCACUACAAAUAAAAGCUGGGUAGGCGCACCUACUUUUAUUAUGGGGAAAUUUAACACUAAUUUUCUGUUUUGCUUUGGAUCUCAUUAGUUGGUAAGAGUUCUGCUGGUCUUAUCAAUAAUACAUUUUAGGUUAAAUGAAAAAAUCUCCUUUUUUUCAUAAAUUGAUUUAUUUUUUUAGUAUUUAAUUAUUUCCAGAGCCCAUUCAUCUGAAAUAAUAUUCCACAAUGAUUACAAAAGGUCUGGGUUAUAAUUCUCUAAAAAUAGGCAGUUAAAUGUAAACCAAUUUAGUAUACAAGAAUGGAACUUUUGAAAAUAAAUCUUUUUAAAUAAACAUAAUGGUGAACAAAUA